UUCUUGGGGGAUCUUCCAGCUGGUAGGUGUUGCUGGUUGCAUCUCUCACUCCAGGCCUGACAGUCAUAUCCCUAGCUGGGUCCCCUGGCACAAGAGAUAGAACUCAGGAAGGGUUACUCCCAGCAGCUGGUCCAGGAGAUACCAGCAGGGAGGGAAUAGGAGAAAAGAAACCUGUCAGGCCACUCACAAGAGGAGUGGAGAGAAAUUUUGCUAUUUACAAAUUUUUACGCACUUGAUCAUUUCUUGUCUGCAAGAGAUUUUCAGAGAGGGAACCCAGAGGCAAUAAUUCAAGACAGGCAUUUCCUGUGCUGAAUUGGAUGAAGGUGGCCUACAGUCAUGGGACAAGCCCUGGAUAUCGAGAGCUGUGACUUCCAGGCAGCAAAGAACAACAAGGAGCACCAUACCAGUGCCAUCAGCUCCAGUCACCUCAUUGUGCGGAGGGGGCAGCCCUUCACCAUCAGCUUGCACUUCCGUACCCCAGUCCACAGAUUUCUUCCUACCCUGAAGAAGGUGGCCCUAAUUGCACAAACUGGACAGCAGCCUUCCAAGACCAACAGGACCCAAGUCACUCUUCCCAUUUCCACUAUGGGAGACCAAAAAUGGAGUGCAGCAGUGGAAGAGAGAGAUGCCCAUUUCUGGGCCAUCUCUGUGACCACAUCUGCUGAUGCUGUCAUUGGCCACUACUCACUCCUGCUGCAGGUCUUGGGUGAGAAGGAACACCUCUUGGGCCAGUUCACAGUACUCUUUAACCCAUGGAGUAGAGAGGAUGACGUAUUUCUACCAAAUGAGGCUCAACGCAGUGAGUAUGUGUUGAACCAGAAUGGUCUUAUCUACCUGGGCACGGCCGACUGCAUCCAGGAAGAGCCCUGGGACUUCGGCCAGUUCGAGAAGGAUGUCAUGGACAUCAGCCUAGGCUUGCUAGGCAUGGACAAGCAUAUGGAGAAGUGGAGUCAGCCUGUGCACGUGGCCCAUGUGUUGGGUACCUUGCUGCAAACUCUCAAGCAGAGGAGUGUCCUGCCCAUCCCGCAGGCCCAGACUGCCCAGGAAGAAGCCCUGCUUAACAAGCGCCGGGGAAGUGUACCCAUCCUGCGGCAAUGGCUCACCGGUCAAGGGCGACCUGUGUAUGAAAGUCAGGCCUGGGUGUUGGCUGCUGUUGCUUGCACAGUGCUGCGAUGCCUGGGAAUCCCAGCCCGUGUUGUUACCACAUAUGCCUCAGCCCAGGGUACCCACGGGGACCUGUUGGUGGACGAGUACUACAAUGAGGAGGGGAUCCAGAAUGGAGAAGGUCAGAGAGGACGCAUCUGGAUCUUCCAGACUUCCACGGAGUGCUGGAUGACCAGACCUGAUUUUCGUUACCCACAUUAUGCCGGAUGGCAGAUUCUGUAUCCAUAUGUUCCUAAUAAAGGUGAAGGCUUGGGAUCCUGUGAUCUUGUUCCAGUCAAAGCAGUCAAGGAUGGGAUACUGGAGCUGACCCCUGCAGUGUCAGACCUUUUUGCUGCAGUAAACGCCUCGUGUGUAGUCUGGAAGUGCUGUGAGGAUGGAAAACUGGAAUUGACCAACUCCAACACAAAGUAUGUUGGCAACAACAUCAGCACUAAGGUUGUGGGCAGUGACCGCUGUGAGGACAUCACUCAGAACUACAAGUAUCCUGCAGGAUCCCUUCAAGAAAAAGAGGUGAUGGAGAGAGUCCAGGAAAAGAGAAUGAAACAGUGGAAACCGAAUGGCAUCAGACCCCCCAGCGACAAGUGGGCUGAUCCUCUAUACCUGUUCCUGGAAGCACCCAGCUCCUUUCCCUUGAGAGGGGAUGCCCAACUCUCAGUGAUCCUGUUUAACCCCAGCAACCAGGAGAAGGAGGUGCAGCUGGUGAUUGGGGUCCAAGCUGUGUAUUACAAUGGAGUGUUUGCUGCCAAGCUCUGGAGGAAAAAGCAGUUUCUCACACUCAGCGCCAACCUGGAUAUGAGAAUAACUAUCAGCCUGUCAUUCUCCCAUUUUGAGCGACACCCACCGGAGAACAGCUUCCUCAGACUUACUGUGAUGGCAACACAUUCUGAGUCCGGUCUUAGCUGCUUUGCUCAGGAAGAUGUCGCCAUUUGUAGACCACGUCUUGUUAUCCAGAUGCCAGAGACAGCCAAGCAAUAUCAACCUCUUACAGCCUCAAUUAGCAUCCAUAACUCCCUAGACUCCCCCAUGAUGGACUGCAUGAUCUCCAUCUUUGGAAGGGGGCUCAUUCACAAAGAAAGGAGAUAUGGAUUAGGUUCUGUGUGGCCUGGAAACACCUUGAGCACCCAGUUCAAGUUCACACCAACACAGCUGGGGCUCCAGAGGCUCACCGUGGAAAUGGAUUGCAACAUGUUCCAGAACCUAACCAGCCACAGAAGCAUCACUGUGGUAGCCCCAGAACUUUCAGCUUAAACUUCCCAGCUCUAAUCACCAUUUUCCUCAUAAACUCUUGAAACUACACUCUAAAACCAAACAUGUGCUGUGGAGGGAAACUCUGUCAACCAAUGACUCUCCAUUCAGGUUGCAGAAGAGUGACCAAGAACAAAGUUAGAUUCCGAGAAACCAAAAGACCUGUCACCUGGCUUAAAGCAGCCAUGAGGGCUAGAUGUUUUAGAACAGAACUAUUAGGUUAGAGUGACAAAAGGACGCCUUUGAAAAGGUACUCAGAUCUAACUUUUCAAAGUAUGAAAAGUAUAUCUAUAUAUUUGCCUUUUCAGAGUAUAUUCAGAUUUUCUAAGUUUGGGGCUUUUCACAACUUUUACUGAAUAAUAAAACAUUCACUAACUUAGAGGCAA